AUGAGCUCCUCCCUCAUCCGAACGUUUGGCGCCCUCUCCCUCGCGGCGACGAGGGCGACGAUGGCGGCGCCUCGCCAGGCGUUUGGUCUCGCGCAGAGGGCGAUGAUGCCCGCCUCCUUGGCGUCGGUGAAGCCGGCGGCCGUGAGCGUGGGCGUGUUUGAGCAGGUUCGGGGUAUGAAGGUGCAUAGCUCGGUGAAGAAGCGAUGCGAGCACUGCAAGAUUGUCCGAAGGAAGGGUGGCAAGCGACACAACGGUUACCUCUACGUGAUUUGCAAGGCGAACCCUCGACACAAGCAGCGACAGGAUUAG